AAUCGUAAAACUGUCAAAACGCGACGAAAUGAAAAUUGUGAUUAGGCAAUUGAAAUUUGCUUAAAAUCUUGUGCUAACAUUUUAUGUGUCUUAUUGUUUGAAAAUUUGUGUUCAGUUUAUCAAUUUGUGUUAAUCAACUUUGCCCUUAAGCUAGUUAAGAUCCAACGAAAAAGCAAAAUAAGACAAAAAUGCUGCGCCUAUUUCGCAACCCCAUUCUAGGACAACGAUUCACCAGGAAAACAUUCUCAUUCUCCGCAGUAGCGGCAAAGCGAUACGUCAUUAAAGACCACUACGAGUUCGAUCAGAAGGUAAUCAACAGCGACAACCCGGUGAUCGUUAACUUCCACGCAGAAUGGUGUGAUCCGUGCAAAAUUCUGACCCCCAAAAUGACCGAGCUGCUGGAACCGUCGGAGGAAAUCGACCUGGCCAUCGUCGACGUGGACGACAAUGCCGAACUGGUGCAUACAUUUGAGGUAAAAGCAGUCCCAGCUGUGCUCGCCUUUCGCAACGGUGUAGUGGUAGACAAAUUCAUCGGUCUCGUCGAUGCCCACAUGAUUGAGAGCCUGAUUGGGAAACUGGCCAAGAAACCGCAAUCCUAGUGAUCCUGAAGAUGAUUCUCACUUGGACCCGGGUGCUUCUCCUCAAUAAAAUGUUUACAGCAGACCUCGUUACUUUAAUACUUAAAAACCGUCAUCGUGUGUCGGUUGAUAUUCUGUGAUUGGGCACAGGAUUCAUUACCUAUAAAGUUUUUCACACCCCGAGUGUGAUGUGAUGUCGUACAAUAAUCGAACGUACUUCAAUAGGCGAUGGAAGCGCUGACGAAUUUGGGUGAUGGUUUUGCAUUAGUGCAAGUGGGAUGCAGCUAUAAUUUCACCCAACUUUUGACAGUUCUAAAGGCGUUUUUCAUAAGGAGAGAAAGAACAACUUUUCGCUUCCAUCGCCCAUUGUUAUCGUAAAUGCCAAUAAACUUUAUAAUUUUAACAAACUA